UUUGAAUGAUGCAGCAAGCUUUGAAUGAACUUUUUUCUUCCGGAAUUCCAACCACCAGUGCGUUUUUACAAUUUGUUCAAUAUUUUUAAAGGGAAUAGAACAAAGCAAAGACGAUAACUUGACAAAUAAGACGGUUUCUAUAAACUAAGUUAACUAGCUCUUUUUUAUCAUGAAGGUUCAGAGAUUUAUUUUUGUAAACUAAGUCAGAAACCAGGCAGUUAUACUCAUUCAAAUAAGUUAAUGAACCAGAUCGGUAUGUUAUUUUGAAUAGUAAAGAUAGAAGGAUUGAAAUAGCAACUUUUAGAAUAAGUGAAAAGAAAAAAAAAAGUAUUUCAUUACCUCUUUCACGAUAGUCUUCAAUUUUAAAGAAAAUAUUAUUUUCUUAUAUUGUUAUUAUCAAUAAGAAGCCUGAAGCAAUUUAACGAGUACUGAGUAAAACGCUUCCGUGAAUUGUAUUAUUUGUUUGUAGUUAUAAAUAGAAAACCAUUCAAACUUUUAACUUACAUGAUAAAGACGUAUACAUGAAAUUACGUAUGAGGAAAGAAUAAUCAAAUGAAGAAUUGAAUUUUGGAGGAAGAGUAGCAAUCCAAAUAUUUUGAAAUUAUUUAUUUUUUGAUGUUUAAAGAGCGCUUUCUUAUGAAAGGGUUUUAUUAACUAGAAAACUACAGCUAAAAAGUUAUGGAGGAAUCAAUUUCAAUACCUGGGUUGGUACAACCAUACACUAACAAUAAUGAAAUUUUGGCAAAUGCACUUAAGAGUAAAGAAAAUAGAAUUGAUGCGAAUCUAGUCCCUUAUCCUUAUUCAAUAUACGACGAUGAUUCCUCAACUGAUCAUUACUUUUUGGUGCCUGGCUCAAAAGUAGAUAUUUGUCGUUUUAAACGAGAAUUUAUACAUCUCAAUGAUUUAAAAAGAACACAACUUAAAGAAUCAAUAUAUGCAAACAACUCAACACAUCAUCAUCGUGAAGAACCAAUAUGCGCUAACAAAACGACAAAUCAACUAUCCAAAGAAACAAUAUACACAAACACUAGUAACGUUAGGUAUCCUUUAAUAAAUAAGCAACAAUUAGCUCGUAAAAAUUUAUUGCAAAGUAGUGGAGAAUAUUGUUUAUUAGCACAAGACGACAAAAAAUACUUUUCACAUAAAUGCCAAAAAUCUAGACUAAAUAAUAACAACAAUAAUAAAGAAGAUAAAAAGUUAUCGGGGAAUUUUUAUUGCUUGCACUCAGAGACCGAGCGAUUAUCAAAAUCCAACUCAUUUCAUAGCCGUCAUAAAUCGUACGACACUAUUCUUCAAAGGAACGAUAAGAAAUUACAAAAACAAUUAAAAAAAGAAUAUCACAAAGAUAAUUUUAUAGAUUCUUGUACAUGUAUAGUGUGCGUGAAAGCGAUAAAUUAUCAUUUUGAUCCCGAUGAUACAAACAAAACAAUAGAAACUUGUUCAUGUAGUGGUAAUUUAAAAAGUAUUUCCAGAAGGUGGUUUUGUUUGGGAGUUUUAUCCGUGUUUUUCCCGUGUUUAUUAUGUUAUAUUCCUCUCAAACUUUGUCAAAAAGAACCUAUUGACAUUGCUCCGAAAACAAAGUUAAAAAAUGCGCACGAAGUUCGCUAUGUUAAAGGACCUUAUUUCAAUGCGACUUCUACAUCCUUAUGAUUUUAACCCGACUUCUUUUCCCUAUGGUCUGUUAAAUAGAUUAACUUAAUUA